AUGACGUCCGAAAUCCCGACGCUAAAGGGCAGCGAAUUCGACCCCUCCGAGCUGGCCACCGUCAUCGAGAAUGUGCACAAAUUUUUGGACGACAAAAUGACCGAACAGGGACAUACCUAUUAUUUGCAUAGAGAAGAAGGUGGAGACGACCUGACCCUCUACGACAUGACGGCCAUGUUCCCAGAUCUGUCAAAGAAAACCGAGUUCAACCCCUCGCUUCCGGUGCAAGUCGCCGAUUUCCUGAACGACGACACCGUCUGCACGACGCGCAUCGAAAUUGCCUACAAAAUGCUCCGCUCAGCGCAGGAGAUUUUUGAUGAAGACCAUCUGCCGCAUCUGGCCGCUUCGCUCUACUAUCUGAAAGCCGCGCUGUACCAAAGUGUCACCGUCAAGCUGAAGACGCAAAACUUGUCAACGGCUCUCGAGCGGCCACACAAUCAACUCUUUGGGCUUGAGUCGAUUUUGAUAGAGCGCAACCCCUCGAUGUCGGCAUCAAUUCCGAUAAGCGCUCUACGCUCGGCAGUGUCUAUCGUUGAUGAUGACGAAGACAAAGGAAAAGCUGCUAUUCGAAGUACAGUGCCCGGCCUCGACACUCCAGUCGACUGCCUCACCUACGCCAUAAAUUCGCUGGAUUCGGCCUUGAAAAGCGUGAGCAUUGUCGAGGAGCGGGAGAAGAACGGAGUGGCGAGUAAAAUCCCGCUCUUCCCGAUCGGCAAAGAUGACCAGGAUACGGUAGUAAAAGAGCGGAAGAAGCCGCGGCCCGGGGCAGACGUGUUGUUGCUUCGAUCGUUGCUGCAUUUACGAGCCGUUUCCGCAUACUUACUGAUGGCUCUUGUCGAACCGGAGAGCCACCCGGAAUCGCACGUCUUCGGCAACUCGGAUGCGGCCUACCUGUUCGAGCUUUGUCGCAGCGCCUUUAAACAUGCGGCCGAGGUGAUGCGACUGCAAUCAAAUUCGAGAACCCGAACCGCUGCCCUCGUCCAGGUUUCUAACGUCUUCCGCCUCUACAUGCAGCUGUUGAUGAGCCAGACGCGAUCUUCGACCGAGGAAUUGCACGAAAAGUUAUCCGAAGCCCGGAGCGGCGACAUCUUUCUGAAGAAGUGGCUAUCGGGGAUUGUAAUUCCGGAAACGAACCCGCUGCGAAUGUUGGUCGAUAUUACGCCGGAGAUGAUGACCGACCCGGAAGAGCUGGAUCGCUGGAUGCUGGACGUGGGCAACAAAUUCCGAACGUUGCUGACAAAAUACACAAAAGAUUACGAUCAGCUCGAGAGUCGGCUUUAUCGAGACAAUUUUGACCUGCCGGGUGUCCGGUGCGCCAUCAGCCUGGCCUUGAUGCAAUGCGGUGAUCGCCAUCGCCUCGCGAUAUAUGAAAAGCAAAAAACGGCCCCAAUACGCGAAUUGUUGGACACCUUCUCGUCGGCGAUCAGGUUCUAUGAGUUGGGACUGAAGCACAUCGAGCAAAUUGAUGGCCAGGCGAUCGGGCAAAACGAUCUGGUAUGCCAGGUAAAGCUGUCCCUGCUCCAAAACGUUACCUCCUUACGGCGAGGCCUCGCAUUAAUGGAUGUGGAUGCGAGAAAAUAUGGGACGAACCAGGAUCAGAAUUUGCGAGAGGUGAUCGAUUCGUACUACGGACUCGAACAGUUCAUCAACAGUCUGCCGGAUGAGAAAUUUUCAGCGAUCAAAUCGCAGCGGCUCACGGCCGUUCUGACUGAUUGGAUCACCUGCACGCAUCGCGCCUAUUUCUACUAUGCCUAUCGACCGUCAGCCAAAAUUGGCGUCUAUCGACAUACAAAAGAACACAUGUACAUCGAACAAACCGAGGCCAACAUCAAGAAGCUAGAAAAGUUCAAAGAGCGCCCCUCCGUUUUGUUGGACUGGUCGCACUGCGUCUCCUUGCUCUUGGAGAUGAUCUUUCACAGCUUCGAACAUCUUUUUCGCUCCCAGCUCAAAAAAGAAAUCAAGGACGAGCAGGCGAUCAUUACAGCGCGGUUGUCGACUGUAAGCGCCUUGGUCGAGCAGACGAACAUUGCCGGAGGUGUGAUCCCGAUUUAUCUGACCGGCCUGGACAUCCUCAACGUCUUUGUGGGAAAUAUGGAUUGCGAGGAGUGGAGAACUCAAGCUAUCUUGUUACCCAUUUUCAUCGAAAUCAUCGCCUUGUUGCCAUUUGCCGAGUUUUUCCAGUCGGAGAAACGGAUUCAGGACUAUUUCGCGAGUUGUACGGCACUGUUGCAGCGCAAAAUUUUAACCGCCCUGUCGACAAAGGUGGUCACCGCCGAGAAACUCUUAAAGCUCAAGCCGAUCGCCGACUGGUUAAUCAGGCGUCCUACCGUCAUUUCGGAGGCAAAUUGGCGCCCGGACGCGCAAGAAUGGAGUCGCAAGUUGAAGAAGCUUUGGAACGAAUUCGCGUCGUGCCGC